AUGUGGCGAUCCAGCGUUCGACGAUUUUCCUGGCUGGGUGCUCAUCAUGGUGUACACCACGGCGAUGCCCUGAAUGAAAUGCAUUACAAGCCUGCGCUCCUGCGGGGCAGUUUGCCAGUACAUCAAGGCUCGAGGUCCGCUCGGCAUGUUGCGGGCCCACUUUCCUUACGAUUUGAGGUCACUCGCACCAACAAAGCACGGAAAGAUUGCACUUUCAUCUGGACACAUGGGCUCACCAGCUCGGUGGAGAGCGAAAGCGAAGGUGGCUGGCCUUUCGGUGGCGUUGCCGAGCUUUCUGACGUACUACCGGUCGUCCGUUAUGAUGCCAGGGGCCAUGGCAAAUCAGAUGCAUCAGAUGCUUGCACAUGGCAGGCUAUGGGAUCAGAUUUGCGCACCAUGCAUGAGACGAUGCUGCCGGGUCGACCUGUCGUUCUGGGUGGUACGAGCAUGGGCGCUGCAGCCAGUUUAUACGCAGCCUUGGAGGCCCCAGAGAAAGUUGCAGCAUUGAUCCUGGCUACGCCGCCGACCUGCUAUGAAACGAGAAGAAAGUUCGUGCCCCUUUACGAAGAAGGUCUUCAGCUUGCGAAGGAGCAAGGCUUAAAAGCUGCCAAGAAGGCCGCUGCAAGCAAGGCCCGCCCGCCCAUUUUCCUGGAGACGGAUGCUGGAAGAGCUUCCUUCGACAUCGGUUGGCGGGCCAAGUUUGCAAUGGGCCAGCGCCGAUAUUGCGCAGCCCUUCGAGGUGCGAUUGACUCGGAUCUGCCGCCACCCUCGGAGUUGAAACGCUUGACAAUGCCGAUUCUGGUGUUGGCGUGGAAGUCCGAUGCGCAGCAUCCACUGGAGGCUGCUGAGCUGCUAUGCGAUCUGCUGCCUCAGGCACAGUUGCAUGUGGCUUCAUGCUGGGCAGAUGUUGAGAUGCUCCCGCAGCAGAUGCGCCAGUUUCUGCAAAGCCUUCCCUAG